AUGAUCCGAGGAACUCGCCACUUUCGGAUUGCGAGACAUUUUUGGGACAACCUGUAGAGGCUCUAAGAAGUACGCCGAUCGCAUCUGAACGAUCGCAUUACUUUAUGUGGAGAAAUCCGGAAUCAGUUGUUGUGGUCACUUUCCUGUGUUCAUUCGGCAACCAGUCAAAUGGACACCAACUGGCAGGUCAAUCUCGAUGAAACUGGAAGGAAUUUAAAGGAUUCAGAGGUUUAGAAGAAUAGCGGUUACUCUUGGACGUCGAGCGAAUAAUUGGUAAGACAGCCUGAUUUAACUAACUCUAGAAUAAGUUAUAACAAAUUGACUGUGCGGAAUUCUACAAAUUAAUGGAUUCAGAAUAUUUUCAGUAACAUUCGUGGAAAGAACGGACAGGUCAGCAUCCGUGCAAUUAACUGAUACGUGAAUCUACUAUCUACUAAAAUCGAAGGGAAUUCUAGGGGCUCAUUGGUUUCGAAGAAGACUGUCCGACAAGCUCCUUGGUCGUUGUUCGAUCAAUUAUUACGCCAAUCCAUUAUCUAUCUAGAUCUAGAAUGCUUGCUAAAAAAAUCAAUUAAACCAAAAGCAGUUCGAGAGUUUCAUUAAUUUAGAAGGAUAGCAAUCCUCAGCAAGGUUUUUACACACACACACACAUCGUUCAAUUAACUGACAAGUCAAUCUACUCUCUACCUAGACCUAGAAUAAAUGUCAAGAAACCAGUAAAACCGAAGGAAACUCGUGAGAUUCGCAGGUCUCGAAGAACAGCAACCCUCGGCAAGACUCUUGGACACCGUUCGGUAGUCUCCAUCGCGGUGUUGGCAGUGCAGGGAAGAAACAGGCAGCAGCUACUAUCUGCAUCUACAAUCGAGCAGCUAGUAACGUAUUCCGUCGGAGUUUCGGGGCGAAGGGGCGCGUGCCAGCCGCAUUUAUCGGGCGCAGGGCACGCGUCGAACAAACAGGGGUUCCGAGGACAAUGUUCCCCUUGCAGAUGUACGGUAGGUCAACGCGAGGGGCACUGUUCCCUGGGGUUCUCGGGGAACUUGGGAGGAGGGGGAGAGAAGCCAUGGCAAACUGUCGUCACCCUCGCAGCAGUCUCCCGUAGUUAGGGUCGCUACGAUUUGGCUAGUCGAUGCCGAUCGAGGUUAGUCAACGGUCGUUUGCCUGGCUGCGUCCCUGGAAACAAGAAAAGAACCUUCGGUUUUUAACCGAGGAGGAACAAAAGGGUCUAAAGGUUAAGGGAACCGAGUGGCUUUGCUUCUUGGAAGUGGAAGGGUGCGCUAGAGAUCGGGGCUAUUUCUGUGCGUGUGCUGUUCAAGGUGUUCCCGAAACAUUGUGAAUCGUUGUUUGGUGACUUAGAACUUUGCUCGAGAUGAAGAGAUACUCGUCGGCUCCCUGUCUGGCUGAUGGAAACGGCGAUACGAAAAAGUUGAAGACCGCCGAGGAGCCGAACGCGAGGGAGUAUCUGCAAUUGGCGUUGGCCAGGGUGCUCGAGCUGCAGCGGGAGAUCAAAGAAGGAACGUACACAACGGAGAACACCAGCGACCUCGGUGAGUCGAGCAGCGACGAGGACCUGACGACAGAGGUUCUGAGGAAAGUCUUCCAGAACCUGCCGGGCACACCUAACUCCGUGGACCGUCUGCUGGACAGGUCCGCGAAGCCAAGGAACGCGCAGCUCGACGCGAUUCAUGGGAAAAGGAUCCAGCUGUUGGGCUACGACACCUGUCGCAGAGCAGCCGUCGAGUACAUGAAGAACGCAGUCCGCGAGACAAGAAAGGAAUCCUCAAAGACGAAUCCUCCAUCCAAUCAUCCCGGCUUCCGGCUUGCUACUUAUUCGAGGAACGAGCCCCGGAUUGCACAAUGCAGGACCGGUUUGCUGAGAAGUUCGCACAAAAGGGAGGCUGGCUGUUCGUAUGACCAGGAGAUCAGGGACAGGAUGCUGAAGAGCUUGGACCUCCAUUUAGCCAGCAAACAGAGGGAUUACACUGCGAAAUUGAUGAGAUCCGGCUUUUAGAAAUCGUUGGAUUCGUUUCAUCGACCGAGGAUUUUGCGAUUAGUUUGCGUCGCGAAGGCUCUUUUCUUAAUCGAUGCUCCUGCGAGUAAUUAAAUCGUCGGAGUCCUUCCUCUGAUUAAGGCUUCUGCGAUUAAUUGUGUCGCGGACAGGCUUUCCCUAAUCAAGGAUUUUGCGAUUGUGACGCUCUAGUCAGAUUUACCUGCCUCGAGAGCCAUUCUAGUCAUGCAUACCAGUCAGAAAUAUUGAGAAAGCUUUUAACUAAGAAUUAUUUUUCUAAGAUAUAUAUUUAUAUUUAUGAUUACUCUAUAAGGUAAAUUAUUGUAAUAACCUGUAUCUUGUGAACGAUUUUGCUGUGCUGUAACAGGGUUGUAAUUUGUAAUGGACAGAGUGAACGAAGCUGUUAAAAUCAUUAUAAUUCAAAUUGAAUCGUUAUCGAGCUUCGAAGUUGACUAAUGUGUUUUGCUCUAUAUAAAUGACAAUGCGAUAUUCCUUUAGACUUUUCGAUAUCGUUGUUAUAGCGUGAAUUAAGAAAUUUCCUACAAAAGACUUCGCAUAAUUUCAAUAUAUCUUAAAUUAACAAUUA